GAGACGAGCGAUUCCAGUUCUUCUGCCGAGGCCUUCAGCGAAGAAUGUCCAAAAUGCCCCAUCUGCAUGGAGAGAGUGGCCUACUACGACAGUCAUUUCUUCCCCAGCGGCCGUCGGAGUGAUGAUGAAGGACCUUAAGAUACUCCAAAUUGAUCUCUUGCCGUAUCCUUGAAGAAGAGUAUGAAUGGGUAUUCUUGAAGUAGAGUGUGAAUGAGUAUUCGAGUGGAUCUUUUGCCGUAUCCUUGAAGUAGAGUAUGAAUGAGUAUUCUCGUGCUAGAAGUAGAACUCGAGAUCCCUGAACUAGAACUAAAGCUAUACUUUUUUUUUUAGAUGAAGAUUUAUGGAGUUCGAUUUUGGUUGUUCGUUGUUGUCUUCAAGGAAUACUCUGCAGCUGAAAGAUGAUGAUGCUGAAGGGGUCUAAGAACUAGAAGAAGAUGAGCGGACACACAAUUCAGGAAACAGCGAUCUAAGAGAUGAAGGGAGACAACAUUCGCCUAUCACACGAAGGGCCGCGAACAAUGACACCACCACUAUUCUUGCUGGUGCAACUGCUACGCGUGACCGAAUCGUUAAGCUAAAAAGUGCACUUGGUAUUUGUUUUGGUCCGUCUUGAAGAUAGUUUUAGAUGGGAGAACAGAAGUGCUUGAUAAUUCUAGAUAGAGCUGAGCAGUGCUGUUGCGGAACUAUAUGCGUAGACGUAUUUUCCUGGUAGGAGCUCUGCUGGGAGAUCCUUAAGACGACCUCUAAGAAUACCUCUGACGCUAGUGCUGGCUCUCGACUACUGGCCAGUAAUCAGCAUGGGCGUGGUAUGAACCCACCUCCGGUAGUUCCGUCUCCGACCCGUGGAGGUAUCUCUAGCCGGGAAACGACCAAUCAGGAUCGUGCUGGUGACCUACCGUCUUCUACGACUGAUCGGAGCGUUGACGGAAGUAGAACUGCUACCAACCGUGCUUCGAUCGAGGAUUGGAGUACUACCCCUUCGAUCUAUGAUGGGAGUACCAACUACGUUACCGUCAACCAGCAAGAGCGAAACAGAGGCCAACUGCCAAAAGUGCGACCAGUCGUGGUUCAUUUUAGGGCUGAAUACAACUCAUUUCUACAAGCGAGUCGUUUUCUUCUGUUUUCUUCCCGAAAUUCUGAGAAAAUGAAGCCAAGAACAAAAAUGUAUUGUUUUGAGCUCUAAUGAUUUGCAUCGUCGGACUGGGAUUCUGACGACUGACGAGAAGUCCGGAAAAUUGCACAGGGAGCGGAGAUCUGCAGAGGAGUCGUCCCCCAGUGAAGAUAGUGUCAGCACUUUGGAGACGACAUCCUCAGAAACGUCAGAAGAUGUAGAGCUGUUCUUGUUAAGACUGAUGAAAAGCAUUUCGGCUAAGGUGGUCGUGCUGCGUAAGUACUCGAAACCUUGAAAUAAGCGAGUAACUAACUCAAAUAUCCGAGUUAUAACAGGCCAUGAGGUAUCUGGUAUCAUGACAUGGCAUUUCAGCUAAGGUGCUCGUGCUGUGUAAAUAUUUACAUUGAUACAUCUUAGACUGAUAGAGAGAGUUCAUCUCGGACUGAGGAAGUUCAGUAUAAGGAACGGAGAGAACAAGUCCCAAAAUGUAGGCGUUGUUCACUUAUCAUGUAUUAAUUAUGUGAAUUUCAUCCUUGCAUGGUGAGCUCCUCCUCUAAAAAGAGGCAGCACGAACCCUGCAGAGCACGAAAUAAAUCGUUCUACUUCUAGAAGAGAGAGGAAUAACAAGAAAAAGGAAGAUGGCUUGACAAG